CAAAGUCCAUUAUUUUGCACCUACCAUUCUCAAGUAGCUAGCUCGCAGCACCCAGCAGAAAAUGAUUGAUGAGGGCAGUCUUGAAAAUAGCAAGGAGUGCUUCACCCAACGAAAACCUUCCACAGGCGGAUGGAACGCCGCCAUUUUCAUCAUCUUCGUUGAAGUGGCGGAGAGAUUUGCUUUCUGUGGGUUGGCGAGCAACCUCAUCACGUACCUCACGGAUGACCUCCACGAGCCGACCUCGACGGCGGUGAAGAUUGUGAACACUUGGGUCGGCGUAUCUUAUCUCUUCCCGGUACUUGGAGCCUUCGCCGCCGACUCCUUUCUCGGCCGGUUCAGGACCAUCCUUGUCGCCUCCAUCAUUUACUGCACGGGAUUUGUGUUGUUAACAUUAUCGGUUUCGGUGUUACCUUUGCACGAUCGGAAAGCAAUAUUUUUCGUAGCGCUUUACAUAAUAGCGGUCGGCGAAGGCGGACACAAGCCAUGCGUGCAAACCUUUGCGGCGGAUCAGUUCAACGAGAACUUGCCGGAGGAAAAGAAGGCAAAGAGCUCCUUCUUCAACUGGUGGUACUCCGGGAUAAUGGUCGGUGCCACUUCUUCCACUCUAGCAGUAGUAUACAUUGAGGAUAAUAUCAGUUGGGCGGCAGGCUUCGGAGUCCUGGCAACAGCUUUGGCAGCGUCGUUGGCAAUAUUUCUGCUAGGAAUUAAGAGGUACAAGAAGCAGGGUCCUUUCGGGAGCCCCUUCACUUCGGUGGCGCAGGUUGUUGCAGCAGCGGCACGCAAGUGGCGCGUGGAUGAGACGGGCCGCGUUUGGGGCGUUUGUUGUGGAGACGUGAGAAUUGGGGUCCACGAGGAUGGUCAACCCAAGAGUAGGACUUUGGCCCACACCGAUCAGUUGAGAUUUUUGGACAAGGCAACGAUCAUUGACAACAUUGAUGCAUCAAGUCAAAGCAGAAAUCCAUGGAGGCUAUGCUCACAAAAUCAAGUGGAAGAAGUGAAGCUCGUCCUCUGCCUCAUCCCCGUAUGGCUGUGCUCCUUAAUGUUUGCCGUGGUGGCAACCAAUUUCCAAACCUACUUCACCAAGCAAGGCAGCACAAUGAUCCGAUCAGUCGGGCGCUUCCAGCUUCCCGCAGCAUCGCUCCAAGCCCUUCUCGGCCUCACCGUCAUGAUCGCCAUUCCAAUCUACGACCGAAUCUUUGUCCCGAUAACUAGAAGAUUCACCGGACACCUGUCGGGAAUAACGUUGCUGCAAAGGAUAGGAAUUGGUUUGUUCUUGUCAUUGAUAAAUAUGGCUGUGUCAGCUUUAGUAGAGGCCAAAAGGGUCGGUGUGGCUAAAGAACACAACCUCCUAGACAACCCAAAAGCGACCGUUCCGAUGAGCGUGUGGUGGCUGCUUCCACAAUACAUCUUCUGCGGGUUGUCCGACGUCUUCACAUUUAUUGGGCUCCAGGAGUUGUUCUACGAUCAGAUGCCGGAGUCGAUGAGAAGCUUAGGAGCAGCGGCGUACGUUACUGUUGUCGGCGUCGGGAGCUUCGUAAGCAGCGCUGUUAUAUCGAUCGUGCAGGUGAUGAGCUCCAGCUUUGGCGAAGAAUGGCUUGGUGACAAUCUCAACCGCGCGCACCUUGAUGGCUUCUACUGGGUGCUGGCUGGGUUGAGUGCCUUGAAUUUGUGUGUUUAUGUGUGGGUUGCUAAGCGUUUUGUGUACAAAAAAGUUGAAGGGGAUGAUGAUGAUGAUGAUGAUAUACUUGCAUAAAUGGAGCAGCAUUAGAUGAUGGAAUGAAGAAAUUAAGUGUUAACGUUAAUUAUAUGUUUUCUAGCUCCUGUUUGGAUUAGAUGUAUAGCAAACAGUGUAUAAUUAGGCUUUCUCUGUCUCUUAAACAUAUUUAUGGGACUAUGUUUACGAUCCCAUGACUUAAAAAUAUAAUCUUUAACCAUAUAUCUAU